GGGUUUGAUUUGCGUCGUCGGAACUUUGCCCGGCAUUUAUUUGUUCAAUUUUAAUUCCAGUUCCCAAGUAAUUUUAAACUGAUUCAUAAUAUUAGUACUCGAUAUUAAUUUUGUAAUUUGUAAUGCCCUCUUGGUUCAUUCGGAUAGUAUUACAUUACUGUUAAAAUCGGCAAACACCGGAGCAGUGGAGAGAGAAACCAUGAAAGAAUAUCAGCAAACAACAUCAGUUAGCAGCAGCAGUAGUAGCCCUCUGCUAGUUGAGGAGAGAGAAAAUGGCUCACCAGCAGCAGCAACUGCAGCUGUUAUACUCAGCACUUUGGUUGCAAUUUCUGGGUCCUUUGUUUUUGGUUCUUCUGUUGGUUUUUCAUCACCUGCUGAAUCUGGAAUGAUCUCUGACCUAGACCUAACUUUGGCACAGUAUUCAGUCUUUGGAUCGAUAUUGACAAUUGGAGCAAUGAUAGGUGCGAUGGUAAGUGGCAUGCUAUCAGAUCGUUUUGGGAGAAGGGGUGCUAUGGCAUUCUCGGAACUUCUUUGCCUUGCAGGAAAUCUUGCAAUUGUAUUUGCGAAGGUGGCUUGGUUACUUGAUAUCGCAAGGCUACUAAUCGGUGUUGGAAUUGGGAUCAUUUCUUAUGUUGUACCUGUCUAUGUAGCCGAAAUAACCCCUAAAAACCUUAGAGGAGUAUUUACAGCAGCCCAUCAGUUGAUGAUUUGCUGUGGUGUAUCAACAAUGUGGCUUGCUGGAAAUAUACUUCAUUGGCGCAUUCUCGCCUUAAUUGGGAUUGUUCCAAGUGUUCUACAGUUUCUAGGUGUAUUCUUUAUCCCAGAGUCCCCACGAUGGCUCGCAAAGAAUUCAAGAUGGGGAGAGUGUGAAGAUGUUUUGAAGCAUCUUAGGGGACAACAUGUUGAUACUUCAGCAGAGGCUACGGAGAUUAGGGAAUAUACAGAAACCCUUCAACACUUAUCUGAAGCAAAGUUUCUCGACCUAUUCCAGAAAGAAUAUACCCGUUCACUGAUAGUUGGAGUUGGGCUGAUGGUCUUCCAACAAUUUGGAGGUGUUAAUGGGAUUGUAUUUUAUGCAAGUUCUAUAUUCCAAUCUGCUGGUUUUUCGGAAAGAGUGGGGACUAUAGCAAUGGUCACACUUCAGGUUCCUAUGACAGUUGUGGGCACCCUUUUAAUGGAUAAAUCUGGACGGCGACCUCUUCUAAUGAUUUCGGCAGCUGGGACUUGUUUGGGUUGCUUCUUGACAGGAUUGUCAUUCUUGCUCCAGGAUCUUCAUAUGGGGAAUACUGAAGCUCCCAUUUUGGCACUCAUUGGGGUACUGAUGUUCACUGCAUUCUUCUCAUUGGGCAUGGGUGGCGCACCAUGGGUAAUUAUGUCCGAGAUCUUUCCAAUUAACGUCAACGGUUCAGCUGGUAGUCUUGUCACAGUAGUAAAUUGGCUUGGUUCAUGGAUUAUUUCAUUUGCUUUCAACUUCUUGAUGAGCUGGAGUUCCCCUGGUACUUUCUUCUUAUUCUGCGUGAUUUGUGGUUUGACUGUCGUGUUUGUUGCAAUGCUUGUACCUGAGACUAAGGAUCGCACGUUGGAAGAGAUCCAGGCAUCCAUGAACCCCUUAACAUCAAGUUCAUAGAUCUUUUCAGUUUUGAUAUUGCUUUAUGGGUCCAGACGGUAAACUCUACUACGGGAUUGCCACACGUAAGGGUAUCUACGUGUUUAAUGGGAUGAAAUGGGAAGAAGAGGAGAGGGAAAAUGGUAGAGAAGCAAAAGACUUGAGCAAGCACAGGAUUAGGUUUAUAGACUUUGUUCAUGCUUUUGUUUCAUUGGCUGUGUUCUUGGUGUUUGCCUUCAGUGAUCAACAUGUGUUGAAGUGUUUUCUUUGGAAUUCAGCAAAUGAAGAUUGGGUUAGUGCACUUCUUCUGAAUUUGCCUCUUGGAGUCGGAGCUUUGUCGAGCUUCUUGUUCGUUCUCUUUCCGACUAACCGGAGAGGGAUUGGAUAUGCAGACAUGGCUGCUAUUUAGCUUAGGCUUCAAUGCUUCAUGUUCUAAACUUCGAUUCCCCGUAAGUUCAUUUACACACUGCGUAGUAGUACAAGUUACCAUAAGUCUGUACCAGCAUUUCUGACCACUUCGUGUUUUUUGAGCCAUUUCUAGCAAAAUAGUUGCAACAUUUUUAAAUUUGGUUGGGUUAAAAGUGAUUUGAAAACAAUCUUCUUGUAAUGUUCGGCCCGACAAUAUUGUUUGGCCUGAAUGGCUCGCAAAAUUGGCUUGAUUUCAGCGUGGCUUGGCCCUAUGUUCAUCUCUACUGAAAAAGUGGGUUGUACA